AUGCGCCUGCAGGCUGCACCCAGGAACAACAAGGGCGAGAGGCGGCCAACCGACCUGGAGCUCUACAACGGGCUGUGGCUGGGACAGACGGUCCUGGGGCGAGUGGUCAAGGCCCUGCCCACGCCCGAGGCCGUGACCGGCAACCCAAACAACACUGCGGGCCCCUUGCUGUCAGCCUUCCUCCACGAUCGGAGGACCAUGUGGCACCGGGGCUGGCAGCUGCAGAGCUGCAACCGUGAGGACCGGGAGAACGUGAUGAUGCGUGUCGAGGGCGUGAAUGGCGGCGGCCUCGUCAGCAGGGUCUGCGGCCUGCCCAUCUUUGUCCCCUACUCCCAACUGCACAAGGACAGGGACCUGCGAUAUAGUGAAGAGGAGCUCCGGGAGAGAUAUCUGGGCAAGGACAUCGAGGUGGCUGUGAUUGAGGUGGACAUGCGUAGCCAGAAACUGGUAGCCUCUGUGUCGCGAGGCCUGAGCAACUCCAUCAUGCGUAAAUUCCAUGUCGGACACCUGGUGGAGGGGAUGGUGCGCCGCAUAGACCGGAAUGGGGUCUUCAUUGGCAUCAAGGACACCAUGGAGACGGGGCUGCUCCACAUCAGCAACGUGUCUCGCAAGCAUGUCCCAGACGUGUCGGAGGUGUUUUCCGUGGGAGAGAUGGUCUGGGUGAUGGUCAUGGGAUUCGAGCCUGGAUUCGGCAAGGUGUCCUUCUCCACAGCGGAGUUGGAGGUAGAGGACGGAGACAUCAUGACCAACAAGGAGUUGUGCUGGGAGAACAGGGGUGAGUGGCUGGUUUGA